CAAACUAGCCGUUGCCUUCUCUCUCCGGUCAAAGCGAUGGCCUCAUACGCUACGUUACUGGAGAAAACUCGCGUACCUCAACCUUCUAUACAAAGAUUCGCAGUAAUUUCCGUCUUCUCCAAGUUACGAUCUGCUCCAGAACAAUUAGGAUCAGAAUCCGAAGCCGGAAGAGAAGCUAUCUCCUUCUGUCUCACUUCUGAAUCUGUCACUGUCGUUGAUCAAUCCGUUCGUGAGCUAUGUCGAUUAGUAUCAGACUCUGUUCUAGACCUCUCUCGUGGUUUGUUGGAACUUCAAUCAGCUCUCGAAGGAUGCGAUUCGAAAUUGGUUUCGCUGUUUGUGAAAGGGUUAGGGUUUUUGAUUCGUAUUGGUUAUGAACGGAAUUCUGGGAAUUGGAAGUUUAAUUCGACGGAGAAUCAUCCGUUUGUUAGGAUUCUAUCUAGCCGUGCGGAGACACAGACGGAGCUUCUUCAUCAAGUAUCACUCUUUGUGAUGCAUAAUCGGAGAUUAGGAAUGGUGGGAGUAUGUGAAUUCUUGGAGUCGUUCUUGAAUUUCACAAUACUGCGGAUUCCGCUUGCAGAUUCGUCUUCAUCGUUGUUUGCAAGGGAGUUGAUUUCAUCAAUGGCUUCCCUUUGUUGCUCAUCCCGCCAUGAAGCACUGCCGUUAUUCAGGUUGCUUAUGCGUUGCCUAAAAUAUAUCCCGGGAAAAAAUCUGGAAGACAAUAGAAAUUUCAGCUACAUUGUCAAGACUCUAGUGGAUGCCUACACUGUGGUUGUGAGAGACUUGGUUGGAACCGGAUUGGAAGUAACAGAAGUUCAUCUUCUUGGCGUGCAACUGGUAGAUGGUGUACUUUUGCUUUGCGCUUCUCCUCAUGUACAGACAACCGAACAAGAGUCUGUUAUUGAAUCUUUGAAGCACUUGUUGGCUGUUCAGAAAGACCUUGGAUUACCGUAUUCACGUGAUUUAUCCUUGGUGGUCCUCUCGCUAGUUUUCAUGCUUGCCAAAUCCAGUGUCGAGCAUGAACAACUCUCUAUUCUAAAGUUCCUGCUUUUUCUGCUCAAAUGGAAAACUGAAAGUGAAAACUUGUCGGUUAAAGAUGCGGCCUGUUUAAGUGUGGAGUCUCUAUUAUUGUUCCCUAUCAUCGCGUUGAUGUCUUCUCCUUCUAAAUCAGUCAAAGUAGCAGCAAGUAAGGUUCUUUCCAUCGUAGAAAAUGUCUUGGUAACUAUGUCAAAUGCACCAAAGAUUGAGGUCCACACAAGUAAGGGAGAUUCACCACUCAGCAGGGUGGGCUCUGUCGUAUUUAGGGUCAUGCAGCAACUCUGGCAUCAGAAUGAUUACGCACCUUCCACGUCCUCCUUCCUCAGAGUGGCUUACAUCAAUGGAAGUGAAAAACAGGAAACUUAUCCAGAACCAGUGACUUGGAAUUCACUACUUAGGGAACACGCUGAACGGUUUUGGGAUAGAAAAAAGUUAUCUGCAUCGUUUUGUCUUUCGCAAGAGAUACCUAUUUUACUUGGGGCAGUUGCUGGUGUCUUGGUGAUUCAUCCGUCCCUAGGAGCUGAUGCUAUUGAUUCUUUGACUAUUAUUGGUGGCAUUGAUCCUAAGAUGAGUGUCCCGCUGUUGCUAGCUGUUCUAUAUUACAGCAAUUUGUUAUCUCGAACUAACGUCCCUUGUCAGAGUCUGUUGUCAAAACUUCUGGGGUUGCUCCCAUCACUAGCUGCACAACAGGUGAUGAUUCCACUUGUAGUUCAGACUAUUACUCCAAUGCUACACAAGGAUGCGAAAGGUCUGUUGUAUGCUACAGCCAUUAGAUUACUUUGCCAGACCUGGGUAGUCAAUGACCGUGCCUUUUCAAGUCUGCAAGAGGUGUUACGCCCAAAAGGAUUUAUAGACUUUAUUUCAGAGAGACAUAUCUGCAUUAGUAUGGCUGCUUCCAUUCACAACGUAUGCAAGAGACACCCUGAUAGGGGCGUAGACCUAAUCUUGUCCGUUCAGGCCUGUAUAGAAAGCCAAGACUGUGCAGUUCGAGCACUUGGUUUUCAGAGUCUUUCCCAUCUGUGUGAAGCCGAUGUCAUUGAUUUCUAUACUGCAUGGGGUGUCGUUAAGAAACAUGCUCAACACAUCAAACUGGAUCCUCUCCUUGCUUAUAGUGUAUGCCUUCUUCUAAAGUGGGGUGCAAUGGAUGCCGAAGCAUAUCCUGAAGAUGCAGAAAACGUUCUGAACAUUUUGUGGGAAAUUGGGAGCUCUAUGCAGAUGCCUCGUGAUUCCCAAUGGACGAAGGCAAGAGUCUCUGCCAUAGUGGCCCUGGGUCAAUAUGAGGUAUCAUUUAUGGAAAAAAAGUUUUCUGACUUCAGCAAGAAUUGUACAGAUUUGCUCUUCUCGGAGACAAAUGCAGAAGUUUUGAAUGCUUUAGAAGACCUUUCAAUCAAGAUCAUGAUUCACGAGCAUAGCGUCCGGCGUAGAUAUGUAAGAGAGAAGAAAGUUCCUGGUAGUAAGAUUGAAAAGCUGCUUGAUGUGAUACCUCAGGUCAUCUUCCCUUCAGGGAAAGAAACGAAGACUGGAGAACUACCUGGUGCGGCAUUAUUAUGUCUAUCUUAUAACCCCAGAGAUGUGAAGUUUGGGUCAUCAAGAAGCUUUCGUGAUGUUCAUGGUCAAUACGAGGAGGCAUUUAGAGUAGUAGUCAAAUCUCUCCAGCUCUCAAGAAAUAUUUCCCUUGCUCUUAUUUCCUUGCAAUCACUGAAAGCUUUUAUGCGGCGUUGGAUGAGAGCGAAUAUAUUGUCCAUUGAUGCAACGACUAAAGAAUUAUCAUCGGAUAAAACAUCUAAAGCUGCAAACAACAUCAUGAAGAGUUUGGUACAUAUGGCUGAAGAAGCUCUUCCCAGGUGUGCAGAAAACAUAGCUCUGGCGCUGGGUGCUCUAUGUGCAGCUUUGCCAGCUGCUGCUCAUAAUAUUAAAGCGACUGCAUCAAAAUUUCUGCUGAGUUGGUUGUUGGAGCAUGAGCAUGAACACCGUCAGUGGACGGCUGGUAUUUCUCUUGGAUUGAUUUCGUCGUCCCUACACGUGACUGACCACAAGCAGAAAUUUCAGAAUAUAUCUGGGCUUCUCGAGGUUUUGUGUAGCAGUAAAAGCACUCUUGUAAAAGGAGCCUGUGGGGUUGGAUUGGGUUUUUCAUGCCAAGAUCUGCUCACUCGGGCUGAAGCCUCUGCGAGCUCUGAUAUAGACAGUGACUCCUACAGGAACCAAGAAGAACAGCUCUUAGGAAGGAUAGUGAGGUUGCUAUCUUCAAUAUUACGUCGUUUCCUGCACACUCCGUGUGAUAUCCUAGAAAGCUUGUCUGCACUGUUCCCACCUGGAAAGGAAGACAACGUUACAGGUUUACCUCAGCUGUUGGAUGAGAGUUCUGAUGAUUUUGAUGAUGAUACAUGGGGUAUUGCUGGACUCAUUAUAGGUUUGGGGAUGUCAGUUGGUGCAAUAUACAGAGCUGGGAAGAAAGACGCUGUUGUAAAUAUUAAAAACCUGAUUGUAUCAUGGAUUCCAUAUGCAGAUUCUCUUAAGCAAACUCCGGGUUCUAAUAGUAUGGUAUCAGUGAGACUGUUUUCAGUCGGUUCCUGCCUUGCACUCCCAAUUGUAAUCACUUUCUGCCAAAAAGUAGAACUGUUUGAUGCAAAUGAGGUGGAUCAUCUAAUCGGUUGUUUCAAGGACCUUAUUUCCGAGUUGCUAAUUGUUAGGAAGUCUGGUGCUUUACGUAAGAGGUUGUUGAUGGCUUCCUGUAUUGGGGUGGGAGACCUCCUUGGUUCUGUUUUGAAUGAAGGUAUCCACCCUGUUAAGAUUGAGUCUGUAAAAGGGUUACUAGAACUGUUCAAGACAUGUUACUCUGGACUUUACCCACCGGUUGCUCACUUUGGAGGCAUGCUCGGAGUUGUUAAUGUUUUAGGAGCAGGUGCUGGGAAUUUGGUGUAUUCCCAUCCUCUACCCCGUGCUCCUCCAGCCAGUUCUGAGGAGAAUGAAAUCUCUUAUGUGUCAGGUCCUUUGCUUUCAAACGCAUAUUUUACUCAGCAGUUGACGCCAGUUGUGCAAGAAAUAUUUCUUAUCGCACAAAAUACCAAGGAUCGCCAGCUCCAACAUUAUGCUGCAUGGGCAAUAUCAAUUCUUAGAAAUUACAUGCGGUCCGGGGAAGCGUCAAGUCUCAGCAAUGAAAACCAAUCUGAUGACUCUCACCGUAAUUCCAUCUCCCACAAUGUUCCUGAACAUACCAUGGUCAUGAAACUUGCUCAAGGCCUGACAAAUCCAAGUUUUCCUUUGGCGGGUAGCCCUCUGAAUAUUGGCACAAUGGAAAGUGCUUUGCGGUGUUUGUCUCAUGCUCCAAGAUUGCCAAACUUGGACUGGGGAGCAACAAUAAGACGAUUAAUGAAACAAGAGACCCAGACUGAUGUAUCGCAAUCAGGUGAUGUUCCCAAGGAAAGAACUCUUAGGGAAGAGUGCUUCAAAUUUUCAUUAGCCCACGCAAGCAAAUUUGAUGAACUUCUAACUUUUCUGGACGAGUUGUCUGAACUAGCCAGAUUCAAGGCGCUAGAGCAGACUCUCCAGUCAUGCCUGCUUUGUCAUCUAGGGGAUUUAAUGAGAAUAUUCUCAGGUUCAAGAAUGAAUAAAUUAUUUGACGAUGUCUCUUGCUUUGUAAUCUCACUAUCAUCAGACCAAGUAUAUAGCUGUGAACAGAAGAGCUCAUUGAGGGUCUCUUUUUGGAAGGGUUUGAGUCAGUGUCUUGAAGAAACUUCGCUUGAAUCUUCAGAAUACAUCACAAAGAUUGAAAAAUGCAUAGAGUUGCUUUUUGCUGUCUUACCAGUAGCAUCACAAUCUCCUGGAGCAGAUCAGAUGGGUUUGAUGCACGAGUGGUCAGAGGCAGUUAGAUGUUUGCAGAAGUCGCCCCGGGAUUGGUUAUACAAAUUUCUUCAGGUUUCAAAUCUUGAACCUCGAAAUGGAGAGACGGACUUCAAAGGUGAUUUAAAGAAGAUCCAGGCAAAAGCCAAGCUAGCAAGACUUGGUUCAAUUCCAUUUUCCGAGUUAGGAAAAUUAAAGGCUAUUAUAUUAAAUUGUGAACAGUCAGAUAUCUGGGACGUGUUGAUUGAGAUAGUAGCGGCUUUGCAUCAUGCCGAAGGAGGAAUCAAAAGACAGUGGCUCAUUGAUGCAGUUGAAAUCAGCUGCGUUUCUGGCCAUCCUUCCACUGCUAUUAUCUUCGUCGGCCUUCUUUCGAGUAUCUGCUGCGAAUACAUGCCGUUUCUCACUUUAGAGCGAUCCACGGUGCUGUGCGAUAUGUCUGUUACCGUAACUUCUCUCCUGUCUGAUCCCAUCUAUGAAGUGGUCACAGAGCCUUUCAUCUCGUUUCUAUGGACUUCAUUGGAACGUAUUUACGGUUUUGCAAAUGAAUCAGACACUAAUGCAAGGCUAAGCUCACAGCAAAUUGCGCGAAGCGAGAGAGAUAAAGCACCAAUGCUUGUGAAAGUGAUGCAUUACAUUUGUGUAGCCUUCAGAGAUCAUUUGCCUCUUGAGAAACAGCUUAGACUUGCUUCUAUGGACAUCUCUUGUAUAAUUUUUAUAUUUAAGUGACACAAUUUCAGAAUAUUUUGUUGUAUUUUUAGUGGGAUUUUCAUUUCCCACAUUGUUGUAUUUUUGAAAGAUAUUUAGUAAGAGUGAAUAUUUAUUGUUUAUAUAAUACAAAUUUCAUGUAACG